GCCUCCGAAGCUGCGGCGUUCGCCAGCCAGAUACAGGUCGGAGUGGCAAAGCAACUACAGUCUACGCGACCGCAUCGCGCUCGCCUGCACAGCCCUUUCGAUAUGUUUCCUCAUUCUCAAACUCAUCGUGUUCUGCGCAUUCAAGGAGGCUCGCAACUCGUCCUCAAGUUGCACGAUGUGCAUGGCCGGGACGCUCCUAGUCGCCCAAGUGCUGUUCCUGAUCACCAAGUGCGCCGAUCUCGAGGAGUACGUUUGCUUCGCCGGCGCGGUUUUCGGCCAUUACUGCUUCCUUAGUACGUUCUUGUGGACAGGCGUUCUGUCCUUCGACAUCUGGAAAAGCCUCACAACCGUCCAAGUGCCCUCGAAUAGCAAGAACACCCUGGCCUCGUACUCUUUUCUCGCCUGGGGAGUACCCCUGCUUGUCGUCAGCGGAGCUGUGGCGGUAGAUCAGACGGCUCCCGAUUCCGUGUUGUCUCCGAACUACGGUGACCCUAUCUGCUUUAUCGGCUCCUUCUGGGGACUCGUGGUGUACUUCUUCGUACCCAUGGCUUCGCUAGUUUUGUUCUGCCUCGUUCUCUACUUCAACACGGUGUGGUACAUUCGCACGACAUCUUCCGCAGCACAAGGAGCGGACGACGUCCCGAAGCCCGGACGCAGGGACCGCCCCAAGUGUGGUCAACAAAGAACCAACCUCGCGCUUUUCGUUCGCCUAUCUCUCGUCAUGGGCGCUCCCUGGGCCAUCGCCCUCGCGGGAUCGUUCGUCCCCAACAGAAUCACCGACUCCGUCAUGGACGUGAUGGUCGGUUCGCAGGGGGUCUACCUGUUCUUUAUCUUCAAGGACUACCGCUACAUUUGGGCGUAUCUUCGCAAGAAAGUCGCGAAGACAGCUCCCAGCACGACCUCUUGUACGUCCGCUUCACGCAGUACUUAA